AUGAACGGUCCAGCCAUCGCCUCAACCAGUCAGCCUAGCAUCGAAUUGUCCGCGCACUUCCCUUCUACUUGCUGCUUGUCGAGUCGGUCAUGUGGCUUGAUUGGCUUAAUCAAUCAUACAUUGUCUGAGAUUGGUUCUUUAUCUAUUUUCGACUUUUUACCGAUAUCUCUCAAUGGCUUUCUCUUUUACACGUACACACACAAUUCAUCGGUUCCUAUCAUUCCACUUUUCUCUCUGUUGGAUCAUAUAUUUCUAUCUGCACCGACCUCCCCAUCUCUCUGUCCAUAUCUUUCAACAUUCAUUGGUUCAUAUCUAUCUUUCUCUCUGUCACCUCUUCUUUUGUCUCAUCGGUCGGUAACUUUCUACUUGACUUUCUCCGUCUCUUACCUCUCUCUCUCUCUCUCUCUCUCAUUCUAUAUUUUUCAACAACUGGUUCAAACAUAUCUUUCUCUGUCGGUUCUACGUUUCUCUCUCUUUGUGCAUAAUUUUAUAUUUCUCUCUUCGCCAAAACGUAUAUAUUUCUACCCCUUUCUCAGUCAGUCAAUCCAUUUCUACCCGCCUUUUCUUUUCGUCAGCAAUACAUUUUCUUCACUACUCCUUUCUCUCUCUCUCUCUUUAUAUUUUAAAGCAAUCACUGGUCCAGGCUUUUUUUAUCUGUUUUGUUUGCUAAAGCAAAUAUUUCUACCUUUCGAUCAACCCAUACAUUUCUUCUUUCUUUUUCUCAGGCCGUAUAUUUCUAUUUUCCCAUUCUUUAUUUCUCAGACUAUAUUUUCCCACAACGACUGGUUCACACUUUUCUAUCUUUCUCGAUGUCAAAUCGUAUUUUGCUAUCCCUCUCUGCAGUCGAUCCACAUUCUUUCUCUGUGUUGGUCCAUUCAUUUAGACCUUUGCGAAAGGCUCUCUUUCUUCCAUAUCAAUCCCAUAUAUUUAUAUAGCUUUCUCUCUCAGUCCAUAUCAAUCCUAUAUAUUUAUAAUGCUUUCUCUCUCAGUCCAUAUCAAUCCCCUAUAUUUAUACUGCUUUCUCACUCAGCCCAUGUCAAUCCCAUAUAUUUAUAUAGCUUUCUCACUCAGUCCAUAUCAAUCGCAUAUUUAUAUUGCUUUCUCACUCAGUCCAUGUCAAUCCCAUAUAUUUAUAUAGCUUUCUCUCUCAGUCCAUAUCAACCCCCUAUAUUUAUACUGCUUUCUCUCUCAUACUUUCUCCCUUAG